UCCGAUGGAAAAUUUAAAAUCGUCUUCUGAUUUGAAAUUGUGAUGAAGUUCGUGAAAUUCACAGCAGCAUGUUACUGAGCGCGUUCAGCUUAAUGUUCACUACCGGUGAUGUCAACAAUAUGUACAGAUAAACAUAAAAUUUGAGGAAUAUGGAAGAAGUUCUUGAUAAUGUUGACCGCAGAGGAGAAAUUUAUCAACAGAGUGAUGAAGUAAUCGUGAACGAUGCCGAAGGAUCAGUGGUGUACAACUGCAAUUCCUGUGAUAUGACGUUCUCCUCGGUUGACCAACAUAUUCGCAAUUUUCAUCCGAACGAAGGAAUAGUAGUGGAAGUGGAAGAGGAAAUUGCAGACAAUUAUGGCUUCGAAGAAGUUAUUGAGGAUAUAGUUGAUGAAUCGUCCUGCUUCAAGUGCCAAAUUUGCUGCACUGUAUUGAAAAGUGGGAGAAGCUUGAAGUUGCAUAUGAGAGUACAUGAUGCUAAAGCAGAUAAAGGCGAUGCAAACAAUGAGCUGAAGCACCUUUGUAAGCUUUGCAACCGAGGCUUCAGCAAUGACGAGCAUCUCAAGUUGCAUCUCCUCGCUCACGACAAGACUCAGCUGGUUGAUUUCGAUAGUGGAGAGAAGGAGGGGUCCGGUUAUCCGUGCAACUAUUGUGGGAAGCGGUUCAAACGGCCAUUCGAGAAGGUUAAACAUGAACGUAUACAUACCGGGGAACGACCGUUUUCGUGUAAUACAUGUGGAAAGCGGUUCCGGGUGUCCAGCUGCCUGACACUUCAUUUGAGGACGCAUGACGAUUCGAGACCAUUUGUGUGCCCGCAUUGUAAAAAGAGGUUUAAAGUGCAAUCGGCAUACAAUCAUCAUCUGAAAAUUCAUUCGCACGAACGCAACUAUCAUUGUUCGUAUUGUUCGAAGUCUUUCAAAACCUCUGUCCAACUGAAUGGGCACCAGAAGAGCCAUACCAAACCGUUUUCCUGUUCGGAGUGUAACCGCCCUUUCGGAUCACUGUACUCGGUUAGGAAGCAUAUGCAGGUCCACCAGCAGGCGGACAAUAAGCUGAGCUACAGUUGUGAUAUCUGCGGUGCCAACUAUGCGCGGGUUUUUGCGCUGCGCGACCAUCGCAAGCAGCAACAUGGGAUCGAUGGCGACGAGCAGUGUGCAGAACACGAUGCCGAUGAUCCCGGAGAGGAUGGUGAAACAAUUGAAUCGGAAAUCGUCGUGGAGGAGUCUUUUGAACUCAAGGUGGAAUCCGAAGAAACCAUAGAAGAGGAUUUGCUAUUUUGAAUAGUUUAUUUCUGUUGUUUUCUAUAACGGCUGAUAUAGGUACAAUCGAUCAAUACUUAAUAAUUGUUUGCUGUUGUUCUAUGGGCGUUUAUUUCAUUGCAAUAUUAUUUCACUAGAUAAUGUUCUUACCUUUUUAUGUAUACACGAUUAUGAAUUCAAUAAAAACAUUACUUAUUACGCGGUAAUAGCUAUUG